UUUAUAAAUCUUCAACGAUUCAAAUUUCAUUGGUUCGGUAUUCAUAUUUCUUCUCCUAUUUCAUCUAAUACGAUUUCUGUUUCAUUUAACAUAGCGAUUAAAGGAAACUGAAAUUCUUAUUGGUCGAACUGCCAUUUUAUGUAACCAAAAUAUUGCCAACCAUACACACGUAUGGGGAAAAUGGGGAAAUUUUAUAAACGUUGACAAUGCUUUAUAUAUCAUAGUAUCCAUUCAACGUUCAUUCGGCGUUCUUGAGGAAGAAAGUAGUCGUUGCUGAAAAGAAAUAUUUCAUUUCAUUUUCAUUAGUGUGGUUUUAAUUGCUGCGAUUCGUUUAACGAAUCGCUUGUGUUUUUCACUGCAUCUGUGUACGUUUUCGUGUUAUAAAUACGAAGGUAUGUUGCCUUAGCGAGAAGGUCGAUAACGAUUUGUUUGAAUUUGUUUCGAUAGCUGUUCCAAUUCCAGGUCGCCAUUACCUGGCUCAAGUGAUUCUUUUAAUUUGUAAUCAAAGAUUCCGUUGUUCGUUGUUCAACAGUUUCAUAAAUUGAUUGAAAAAUUUCAGAGAAACGAAGCUCUUGAUUGUGUCUGAUAAUAGUGUUCAACAAAUGUUAUUCAUGAAACCUUUCUUUGAGAUUUUUCUACAUUAAAUGGGAAUUUGAAAACCGUUUUGUUCCACCAUUAUAGGAAAAGGUAGAGUGAUACAAGAAAUAUUGGAAAUUUUUUUCAGUGAAUUUUAUUUUUAUUAAUUUUUACUAAUUAGAAGAACCACAAAAUUUCUGUUAUUCGGUAUGUUCGACUUAACCAUAUUUUCUCUAAUUUAGGAAACACAAGUGUCCGACUUUCGUUUCAUCGACGAACUAAGCGAGAAGAAAGAAAAUUUCUAUCAGAAUGUCUGAAACCGGUUGCAGUUCGUCAGAUUCGUUCGAACUAGGCGUAGCUGAUACAUUUAACACGCCUGAUCAAGAACAACAAUCGUCAACAGAGAAGAAGUCGAUUGAAGAACUGAUUGACAAGUUGAAAAAUUUCCAGAUGGAAACACCUAAGCAUCCAAAUACACCGGUAACUACCCCGGUGAAGGGUUAUUCGUUCAAGAAACAGAAAGGAGACCAGAUAUCGCCUGGCCGCGAUGAGAAUGAGAAAUCACCUGAGGGGAAUAUCGCCAAGUUAAAGAGAGCCUUGCAAAAACGCUUCAACUUUCAAUUUCUGACCCCGGUCAGGAAUCCGAUUCCCAGAAGACACGGCAUAGACGACAAAACCCUGAAGGUGACGUUGGCCAAAGAACACCAACGUCUCCUCUCCGUAGAUCUAUCGGACGCCAAUGAAUCUCAGUCCGAAGAAGGACCUGCAAUCAGUCCAAUAUUCGACAGAACCUUGAAUAAAAUUCGCAAGGACCUGUCGGACAGUUUUAUCCAAGCAACAGCAGGAUCUAUCUGCGAGGAAGUAAAUAGUUCGUUAGAAUGCGAGCAGCUUCCAGAUGACGAUUUGUCCGUGUUGAAUCGCAGUCUGUGCGAAGUGUCCGAGGUGUUCUAUGCGUUAUUACAGGUGAACAAAGCCGGGAACAAUGAUAGAAGAAUGAUGUAUCAGAAGCAGAAUCCAGAAACAGCUGAGAAACAGGAUGUACUAGGUAAAGACAUCUUCAGGGAGGCUAUAGACGUCAGUUUUGGAGGUAUUCUAAGCCCUGAACAAAAGGAGAUGGUAUAUCAUAGUUAUAUGUACAUUUAUCCUCGUGCACAGCAUUAUAUUUCUACAAAAGAGAUCCGGUUGGGAGGUGACGAAAGGAGGGGAAGUCUGAAGAUUCCUGAACCCAACAACAACGUCAGUCAAGAUAGCCAGGAGAAAGCGAAGGAAAAAUUGAAGGAAUCAGAUGUCAGAAUCACGCAGGAUUCAACUAAAAGAGCUAAGGAAAAGGGUGUAGAAGAUUUCGAUCGAAUGUUCACCUCUGCGGAUGUUGAUUCCAAUGAAAGCAGAGAGAUGAUGAUCGAAGAUGAAUCAGAUAAACGCAGGUCGGUCAGUUUAUGCGAACCUCGCGUUCAGUCUCCGAAAAACGAUAGUUCGAUUAAGAGAAAGAGUUUUUCCGAGUCUGACGUCUCUGCAGCGAGUGUCGCGAUAGCAAAUGAGGACGAUUCGUUGUCCGAGAACUACAUCAAGAAGUUAGACAAGUCCAAGUCUCUGAUGGACGAGAUAGUGAGCAGUUGUUUCAGGUCGUCGGGCGACAACGAACCGACGAACAAGCUUUCUACGAAGCAGCUUAAAUACAGUCAGAGCAGUGUUCUCUCCGGCAAAUGUUCUUCGGUUAAUUCGACCACGUACUUCAGUCUUGAAAACCCUACACUGAUGUCUUCUCAGUCCCAUCAUUCUCCAGAUCUCUGCUUGGCGAAGGACGAGUGCGAUUCCAAUCUCUCCAACAUAGAUUCUCAGAGCUUGAUCGGGAUGAAAAAUCUCUCCUCCGAUGAUCUUGAGAAUUAUUCCUGCGAGUCGAUGAACUCUGAUCAGUCGCUUGUUUCCAGCGCCGUGAGUAAAACGACGGACGAAUCCGAGCCUGAUUCGUUUAACGGCGACAGUAGGGCGAAUUCCAGUUAUUGUUCGACAAAUUCGAAUUUCUUCAACGUGUCCUUGAACAAUACUCGAGAAUCCGAGGUCAGUUUCAAUGAAUCCACUCGCGAAGACACUUCGGUGUCGAAGAAGGAGGAGUCGUCUGAUAGCGACGGAAGCGAGGGAAGUGACGAUGUUUUCGAAGAUGACAAUUCGGAUACUAGUUUGAACAAAUUUCACUCGUUCCUGAGGAAGAUGGUCUCCAGAGAGGCAAGGUACUCGCAGCGACGCGUGAAGGUGUCUGAUCUAUCGCCUCGUAAAGAUGUACUUUCUCCGUUGAUAAAGUUAACUAAUCUGAAGAAAGGGGAUAAGCUUCCGGAAGUGGCUGGUAGAGUUAAGCCAGGUAACAGAUGUGAAUGUUGGGAAAUUUUGUUUCUAUUUAUUGAAACUUUUAGAGAAGGAUUUUGGAAAAUAUUUCUUUCAUCCUUGCACAGUGAAUGCAGAAUCAUUUUGACUCACUAUGUAUUGUAUAUAUUGUUAUCAGUUUUGGCAUAUGUUAUAUUAUUAAAGAGGUUAAUUAUUAGGGUUAAUUGAACAUCAAAGGAUCAAAUUGCUAAUUAAUUCUUUUUAUAAUUUAAUAUUUUAAAAAUUCAUCAUAGAUAAAAGUAAAACAGGAAAUAUUAGUGGUUCAAGUUUGCAUUUAUUUCUCAAUUUUAAACGGUGUGCAAACAAUAAUUUAUAAUGGGCAACGAUAAAGCGGUUAUGCUCGGCUAUAAAUCAUCUUUAAAGAAAGAGAGACCGCCAGGCGAACUAUCGCAAAUGUGUGCGAAGCAUUAAUUGGAGAGAGCCGAGCAAGAUCAAUAUUUAUUAACAACUAUUAAUUACGCCUGCGUUAAAUGAAAUCUAUUCGCACAAUUAUAAAUCUGUAUAAAAGCAAUUUAAUGAGAUUGCACAUGUUUUUAUCUUUUUGUUUUUUUAUUUUUUUUAUUUUAUGGAGGAAAUUGUGGCUGACGCGUUGCAUCGAUAAGCGCUGCAAUUUCUGAAAUGGACUGGCUUUAUGGUACGAACGUGACUUUCUGGCUUUUUCCGAGAUUCGAUAUUUUUUUUAUGUUACAGGGAAAUUUUGAAACGGUGAUAGGGUGGUGUUUUUGAAAGAUUGUGGAUUUAGGAGAAAUUUUCUGUGGGGGAUGUUUCUCUGUUUUCUAGGAUAAUAAAAAUCAACCUGGUUAUCUUAUAUCCAUCUUAAAUCUUGAUUGAAAUAAUUUUUUCACUAGCAUUAGCUAGUUGCUUGUAUCACCUGGGAAUUAGAAAAAUUUAUUAUGACAUUACUUCCACGGUUUCGCGAUGAAUUAUUCAUGCUUACCUUGCAUGUUAUUUCAACGUUCGUUUAACAAAAGCUGUAACGAGUUGAAUUUAAACUGAACAUUAAUUAUUUAGUGACCCCAUUUACAAAGGCAACGAGUUCUCAUUUUUCCAUUCUGCUCCAGAUCGUACAUUCCAGUUUAUGAUUCCUGAGAGGAAUUACUCUGUAUUUCCUUGAAUUUUUCAACAAUUUUUAUCGCGAUACAUGACUGAUUAAACAUCUUUCACCACUUCAGCGUUAUUCAACGAUAUAUGAAAUUGAACUUUUAAAUCAAGCUCCAUUCAACUAGAACAAUGAUGAAAUGUGUUUAAUCCAAAUUACUCCAUGUUAGGUUUUAACUCUGACAAGAAACAAUUAAUUAACAAUUCAAUAAUUAAAAUUCUUAUCAAUUUUAAACCAUUUUGAAUAAUUUAAAAAAAAAAAAAGACUACAAAUAUGAUCCUUGCAAAAUUGACGGUCACCGAAUGACUCGUACAGAAAAUUCCAAGGCUUUUGACAAAAAAUAAUCUAAAAAAAAAUAUCUUGACAUUUACAAGGAUGUAGUAAACAAAGAAAUUCGACAGCUAAAAAUACAACGCUAGUCUGACAACCAACCAACCGAAAAAUGUUAAUUUCUUAAGAGAACGUGUCGGUUGAUUUUAUUUUUACUAAUGAAAAAUUUUUCUCUCC